GAAAACAAACAUGGCGGUUAGGUUACAAUGUUAACAGUUGUGAGUUUCUUCAAGCUAUUUCACACAUAAAAUGGAUUUUGAAAGAAGAGCUAUAUCAUCUAGAUCACCUGCCACGAGGUAUGAAGUCCUUCUUGUUGAAGAUACCCCAAAGAAAGGACUUACCGAAGAACGAAUGACAACUUGUUUUCAUGUCUAUGAUGAACUAAUUCCAGAGUUGGGAGUUUAUAAAAAAGUUUUAAAGAUGCUUCGGGAUGAACUAUACGAAGCUGUGUAUAGCAAUGAAUACACUACAGCAAUACCUAAAAAAGGGAAAAGCAAGACGACUUAUAUUCAACGCAUUCCCUAUUUCGUUCUUGUUAAUCGAGUUUACGAGGAACGCGACAUAAACGCAGACCAGCUAAAAGAAAAUAUUGCUGCAUUGGAAAACAAACUUGCUGAGAAAGACAAACUAUUGGAAGAGGCUAAUGAAAGCAUCGAGCGACUUAAAAAGUCACUUAAAGAGUGCAGGGAUAAGAUUUACAACAUGGAAAUCGAAAUGGAAAACCAGAAUCUCGAACAAAGGAAACUUGAAGCAAGCGUCCAAUAUGAACAGAUGACGCAACAAGCGGCUAAAGACCGCUACGAGAAACGCAUUUCUGGUCUUAAAGAAGAGCUCGCUCAAGCUAAAGAAAGGAACAAAUUUCUUGAAAAGUUUAAAGAAGGUUAUGACACCCUUGAAGAAGCAUUUAAUGAUUCAACAGUGUUCGAAAAUAAGCCUCAAAACCCAGCUGUUCUAACGAGAAGAGCUCAACUCAUUCAAGAAAUUUCUAAUGCUAAACUUUUGGAAGAGCAACUUCUAACCAUGCAGAAUUUAGUUAUUGAGGAAUUUGAGCUUUUCCUGGAGGAGAAUAAGGCUUUGCCGACGACAGAAGAAGUUGAUUUAGGAAGCAGUGGAAGUAACUUUCGUGGAACACCAGACGAUGAACAUGAAAUGAGAGUAAAACUGGAAGAGGAGCUGCACAAAGUCAAGGAGAGAUUCAAACAAAGCAUUGCUGAUAUUGAAAAUGAAUUUCAGCUCAUUGAGAUUCAAAGGUCCAGUCUUGAAGAUCAGUUGGUCGAACUUGAGGAGGAAGCUAGAAGAAUAGAAAGAGAAACCAACGAAAAGAAGGAGAGAAAGAAGAGCAUGUUUUUCAUGGAAGGAGAAAAGGAAAAGAAACCAGAUCCACCUGAAGACGAUGACGAGAUUGACUUUGUGAAGAUCAUGAACAGUGCACAUAAUCAAGAUCCAUUUAUUUCACACGAAAGAAUCCUCAGCAAGUAUUCAGCAAUGAUGUACUACUCCUGCAACCAGGGAAAGAACUAUCACGUGUUUAAAGAUGCAAAGUUUUGUGCAAGUUGUGGUGAAACAACUCUACUCUGCCCACACAAAAUUACAGAUCACAAGGUUGUUUCAUUGCCUCAUAACUGUACCCACGUCAAGAUCAUUAGGCCAACAGUGCACAUAUCACGCGAUGAAAAACCUCCUGUUCUUGUGACUGAAACCCCCGAAAGCGUCCGAGCGAUAUCGGUGAUUUCAAACAGCACUUUAGCUUAUGGAGAAGAGUCCAUCUUGAAAGAACAGCAACACCUGACCACGACGUACAAGUUCCUCUGGGAUGACUACUACUCAAGGACAUCAAUCCGAAGACAGAUACCACGGGCUCUUUCUCAGGAUCGUGUCUCAUCCAUCAUUGAACAGUUUUACUCUUCACUAAUCUGGCAGGAUGAUUACGCAGUAGAAGAUGAACAAAUUGUUUCAGUUCUGGACACGUUGUACUCUUUCUUCCACGAACGAUAUCUUGUUUCAGAUGUCACAUUUCUUGCUGUGUAUGAUUUCUUUACAAGUGUGAUCAAGUUUGCUCCAAACAACAAGAAUAUUCAGUUGUUUGCACAAGCAAUGUGUGGCAGUUUAGAUCCAGUUGUGGUUCGUUACAUCCUUCUGGUAAAUGAGUUUAUCGAUCUGGUUGAGUGGGUGGCCGUCAAAGACAUCAGAAUUUUUGCUCAAGUUGUAUAUCCCUUUAUGAAUGAAGAAGACAUUGAGCAGUUCUCUAUGGGCUACACCUCCUUCAGCGAAAACAAGAUUUCCAAGGAACUAGUGUCGGAGUAUUUCUUGUACAUAAUUCUGAAGUACAGAGAACCUCGCUUUCAAGAAAUGGAAGUGAAACUUCUGCAACAACCAGGGAGGAGGCCUGGGUUCAUGACAGAUAUUGAAUAUGCAGAAGCUAUCGAUAACAUCUGUCCCUUGGCAUCCGAACGCAUGCGGCGGCGUCUGUUUGUAGAGUCUGUGGAACACUUGAGAGCCACUGACGACUCAGUGUCCGUGAUGCGCUUGGCACAAAUCACUGGUUAUCUGACUAUAUUGCAACUCACACCCGUCAUUAAGAAUUCAGUUUCCCAGAAAGUGGAUGAAGCACGUCUUGGGGUCGCCGAAAGACAGUCGUCCCCACCCCCUGAUGCUCCGGUGAGCAGUGCAUCCAAACCUGGGAAUUUUUUUACCACGACCAGUGCACGUGCAGUAGCAGCUGAGAAUGCCAAACGCUCAAGAACUCGGCAACUAAAAAGGAUUGAAGAAUACCAGUAUGACUAACCUUUAUUGACAGAUCGGGAAACUUCAGAAAUGUGAUGGUUACCUUAGUAUUAUGAGAACAGGUCACAAAGAUUCAAAAAGGGAAGCAAAAGAGAAAUCAAAAGGAACAGAUACCAAACUGAGUUUAUCAGAUGGCCGAUACAAAGAAGUAGGUAAAUAAAAGAAAUACUACUGAGUGGCGAACGAAAGGAUGCGUUUCAUGAUAGUUAACUGAUGUUAUUUUUGAACUCUUAUGUUAAGUCCUGUGCCUAUUAACAAGUGUUUUGUUGAAACGUUUUUCGAAAAAAAAAAAAAACCUGCAAGGAGGGCCGCAAAUUACCUCACCCUGCGGACUGACCUGUAGAUAUUUAAUUAAUUUUGUA